UUGGUUUUAUUCUAUCGCUCUUCCAACACUGACCAGUGUGGCGGUUAGCUCUGGCGGAGCUGAGAGGUGGAUCUUCCAUUGAAGAGCUUUGAAGGGAAUACAAGUUCGAAGAAUUCUUAAAAAAAAAUUAAACAAUUUUAAGAGUCUGAGUUAUGGGGAUUGAUUAUUACAAAGUUCUGCUGGUUGACCGGUCUGCCAAAGAUGAUGAUUUGAAGAAAGCGUAUCGUAAACUGGCAAUGAAGUGGCAUCCGGAUAAAAACCCUAACAACAAGAAGGAAGCCGAAGCCAAAUUCAAGCAAAUCUCCGAGGCUUACGACGUACUGAGUGAUCCACAGAAACGAGCGGUGUAUGACCAGUACGGUGAAGAGGGACUGAAGGGAAAUAUGCCGCCUCCAGGAGCCGGUGGGUUCUCAGGGUUCUCGGGCGGGCCGGAGGGAGGCUCGACCACGUUCAGGUUCAAUCCGAGAAGCGCCGACGACAUUUUCUCAGAGUUUUUCGGGUUUACGAGCCCUUUCGGAGGGAUGGGAGAUAUGGGCGGGUUACGGGCCAGUGCGUCGGGGCUUCCUAGGGGUAUGUUCGGGGAUGAUAUUUUUGCCUCAUUUCGGUCUGCAGCCGGAGAAGGGUCUGGCGGAAUACCUCGAAAGGCUGCGGCUAUAGAACGGACAUUGACAUGCAGUUUGGAGGAUUUGUAUAAGGGAACUACUAAGAAGAUGAAGAUUUCAAGGGACGUGACUGAUGCCAGUGGGUAA